AUGGUGGACUGUGUUGAUGACUACCAAAUCAACGUACCAUCUAAAGCGUUUCAAGCUCUGGGAUGUAAAGUGGACGCAGUGUCACCAAACAAGAAGAAAGGUGACAAAUGCGCUACUAUCGUUCACGACCUCGAGGACGGCCGGCAACUUCCUACCGAGAAGUCCGGCCACAACUGCUACGUGACCGUUGCGUGGGAUGAUGUCUCUGUGGAUGAUUACGAUUGCAUUGUGGUUCCCGGAGGAAGAUCGCCGGAGUUCUUGGUGAUGAAUGACAAGGCGGUCGGAUUAGUCAAGAAGUUUGUUGAGAAAGGCAAGUUUGUUGCUGCCAUUGGAAUGGGAAAUUGGCUACCGGCUGCGACCGGGGCUCUCAAGGUAUGA